GUAUUUAAUGGCCAAUGUGGCUGCCACCUCAUCCGAUCAUCGUGUUCGUCGUGAUGCUGUGGAUGUUGUGUGAGCGCGGAACUUUUCCUUGGUGACACGGGAAAACGUCUCUUUUCCAGGACGAUCGUCGAGAACGAGGAGCGAAAUGAUUCAGGCUCACGUGAAAGCCUUCCUGGCGAUUCUCCUGGUCGCCCAGGUGCGCGGCAUCAUGUUCUACCUGGAGCCGAACAGUCACAAGUGUCUAAAGGAGGAAGUCCAUGCGAACGUACUCGUCACAGGGGAGUACGAGGUGUCCGAGGCGAUGGGACAGAAGACGAAUUACGUGAUUCAGGACUCUAAAGGGCAUAUAUUGUCUCAGAAGGAAGACAUUCCCCAUGGGAAGCUGUUAAAGUUCUCCUUUGUUACGGAAACUUACGAUACUUUUGAGAUAUGCUUCAUUUCACGUGUUCCAAGCCAUCAGCGUGGCAUCAGGCAAGAAAUUAAGCUGAUCACGAAACGCGGCAUUGAGGCAAAGAGUUACGAAGGCUUGAUCGGCGAAGCAGCCAAGUUGAAACCAGUAGAAGUAGAAUUGAAACGGUUGGAGGAUUUGUCUGAGGCGAUAGUCCAAGACUUCGCUAGAAUGCGCAAAAACGAAGAAGAAAUGAGAGACACAAACGAGGCCACGAAUGCUCGGGUAUUGUACUUUAGUUUAUUCUCGAUAUGCGUCCUCUUCGGUUUGUCCACCUGGCAACUCUUCUACUUCCGACGCUUCUUCAGGAUGAAGAAACUCAUUGAAUAAAUGCAUUUGUAACAAAUAAUGCAAAUGUAAAAAAAAUACACUUAUUUUUGAGUUUUCAUCUUUGUUAUCUGUAAUUUCGUAUUUGAAUCAUGGAAAACUUUUUAUAUUCGACGCAAUGUUCAAAAAGUACUAUUUAAAUAAAUAAACAAAAACGCGUUACAAUCAUAUUACCUCAUUCAAAUCAAUGUAAAAUAUGGUGAGCUCUCAUCUCGCCACACAUUGCGCAUACAUUAUCGAGAACACAAUAUUUAAGUAAUUGUAAAAUAGAAAAUUUCUUAAAUAAAAGUAUACCUUGAUGGUAAUAAAAUGGA